AUGUCGCUGAUGCUUGGGCGUUCAAUCAGUGUCAACUACUCUUUUACUUCAUUGACGUCACCAGCGGUCAUGGAGUCUCAAGACGAUGAAAGCCCGUUGUUUUAUUCCAACGAUGGAAUGCUGUCCGCAUCAGAGCUCUUCCUGUCGUCACCCGCCGUCGUCGACGGUCUUGAGGGUACUAGUGAUGCUGGGACCAGCUUAGCAGGCCCUUUUGACGGCGCUAUGGUUACUCCCGAAUGGAUGCGAUGCGACGCCGAACGCCCUGCGGCGACUCUUGGCGACGUGAUGAGCGACGCGAUGGGCGACGAGCGCGAAGGGGAUGCGAUUCUCUGCGAGCGACAGCAGUCGCUUGACCCGCUGACAGAGCUGCUGCAGUUUAGCACCGACGCGUUUGACGGCUGCGGGGCCGCGCUGCUACCUGAGAGUAUCCCGGAAUUUGCUCUCCCGUCUGUUAGAGUGUCUUGCGAAAACAUGUCCACUGAUGUCUACGUUCCUGCCGUCGCAGCCUGGUCGCACGAAGUCGCAGGGGAGUCGCAGGGAGUUCCGCAAACGAGGGUUAGUACAGACGAGUCGCUGACUGUAGCAGCGGAGGUUGACAAUAGUGCAGCAAACAACAGCGCUCUUGACGGCGUCACUCACGGCGCCAAAGACGGGUCACAUCUGGGAGAAACAGUGCAGGUUGCGAGAUCGAGCCGCAGCCCCUCUGGCGAUCAUCCAAUCAUGGGCGACGCGAAGCCUGUUACGGAACGACGCGUGACAUUUUCAGAUCCAUCCACCCCACAGCAGACGGGGACAGCUUCUCGAGUCGGUCUUUCCUCCUCCGCAACUUUCACACCGCUCUCUCUCCCUCCGCCAUCCCCGCUCUCCCUCCCCUCUGCGUCCCCCCGACCACUUUCCGCUUCCUCGCCACUCUCUCUUCCCCCUUCCACUCUCCCCUCCACCUCUGUCCCAUCCUCAUCUCUCCCCCCUCCGUCCCCGCUCUCCCUCCCGUCCUCGUCGUCGCUCCCCCUCCCCUCGCCGUCCGAACUCUCUUUGGCUUCCGCUUCCCCCUAUCUUCACUACCGCGGGGUGCGCCAGCGCCCGUGGGGGAAGUGGGCGGCAGAGAUUCGAGACUCCGCGAAGAGCGCGCGUGUGUGGUUGGGGACGUACUCCACGGAGGACGAAGCUGCUUUCGCGUACGACGCGGCGGCGCUCGCGAUUCGCGGUUCGCGCGCGAGAGUGAACUUCGAAGGGAGUCGCGAAUACGCGGCGCAAUUCGCGGAUGUCUUGGCGAAAAACGGCGGGAAAGUCGAUCGACGGCUGCAGAUUGCUCUCGGGAUCGAGACGAUGAGGCUGAUUAGGGAAGGCGCGGCGAAACACGUGGCCAGCUUACAGAGCGCCACGUCGGAACUUUGCAGGCCGUUCAGGGGUUUACGGUCGCGGCGGAGGAAAGUGAGUGUUGGGGGGGGAAGCGCGGGGGUUAGUUGCGGCGGCAGCGCGGAGGAGGAGACUGGCAAGGGCAUAGGCGGAAGCAUGGGGGGAGGCGGAGCUGUGUUGGGGGAAGAGGCAGAGUUGCGGGAGAACGUCUCAGUGGAUGUUCCUAUGUCGAGCGGUUCGGAUCCCAAAGCGGAGACAGGCGGAGAGAUGGUGACUGGGGUGGAGGGAGGGAAGGUGCUUCGAGUGGGGGAGGAAGAUACGAAGGGAGGGUUGAAACACAAAAAGCAGGAGCAUCAACAGCAGCAAAUACGGCUUGGGCAGCAGCAGCGUUUGGGGCAGCAAAAUCAACUGGGGCAACAACAAUCACAGCAGGAGCAACCCCCAGCCCACGCUGCUAAAGUUGAAGCCCAGAGCGAUAUGAUUGGCUUGGGGGAAAUCGACCUUCUUUUUGCUGCCCGGGCAGCAACAGCAGCAGCAGCAGCAGCAGCCGCCACAGCAGCAGCACCAGCAGCACCACCAGCAGCAGCAGCCGCCACAACAGCAGCAUUACCAGCAGCAGCAGCAGCAGCAGCAGCAGCAGCAGCAGCAGCAGCAGCAGCAGCAGCAGCAGCAGCAGCAGCAGCAGCAGCAGCAGCAGCAGCAGCAGCAGCAGCAGCAGCAGCAGCAGCAGCAGCAGCAGCAGCAGCAGCAGCAGCAGCAGCAGCAGCAGCAGCAGCAGCAGCAGCAGCAGCAGCAGCAGCAGCAGCAGCAGCAGCAGCAGCAGCAGCAGCAGCAGCAGCAGCAGCAGCAGCAGCAGCAGCAGCAGCAGCAGCAGCAGCAGCAGCAGCAGCAGCAGCAGCAGCAGCAGCAGCAGCAGCAGCAGCAGCAGCAGCAGCAGCAGCAGCAGCAGCAGCAGCAGCAGCAGCAGCAGCAGCAGCAGCAGCAGCAGCAGCAGCAGCAGCAGCAGCAGCAGCAGCAGCAGCAGCAGCAGCAGCAGCAGCAGCAACAGCUACAACAACCACUGCAGCAACAGCACACACCUCCUGGGUUUCCCUGGUGCUGGUGCUGCUCCUUGUAGUCACUUAA